GCUCCUGGAGUGACAGUCCCUACAAAAGAUAAUGACAAAAUACAGGCUUGUGGUGGUGGGUGCUGGAGGUGUGGGAAAGAGUGCCCUGACCAUCCAGCUGAUCCAGAAUCAUUUUGUGGAUGAAUAUGACCCCACCAUAGAGGAUUUCCAUCGAAAACAGGCGGUCAUUGAUGGGGAAACAUGUCUGCUGGACAUCCUAGACACAGCAGGUCGGGAGGAAUGUGGUGCCGUGAGGGACCAAUGCAUCCACACGGGGGAGGGUUUCCUCUGUGUGUUUGCCAUCAACAGCACCAAGUCCUUUAACAACAUCCAUCAGUACAGGGAGCACAUCAAAUGGAUAAAAAACUCAGAUGAUGUGCCAAUGGUGCUGGUGGGGAACAAGUGUGACUUGGCCUCUCGUACUGUUGAGUCUCAGCAGGCCCAGGAACUUGCCCGCAGCUAUGGCAUCUCCUACAUUGAAACAUCAGCCAGGACCCGGCAGGGUGUGGAGGAUGCCUUCUAUACACUUGUACGUGAGAUUCGGCAACACAAACUAUGGGAGCUAAACCCUCCUGAUAAGAGUGGCCCUGGCUACAUGAGCUGCAAGUGUGUGCUAUUGUGAUAUCAGAUGGCGGUACUCCAGUCAAUGGUCAUUCUGCUCUUCCUGGCUCCUGCUACAGCCCAGAGAUCUCAUUCCCACACCACCACUGCCCCCACAUCCUUCGGCCUCCCCAUCUUCCCUGCAGCAGCCUCUGACACCCACCCCAGGAUAACUCUACCACCUGCUUCCAGUAUCCGCUACCACUUCACAGGGCCCUACUAUUGGCUCCUUGACGUCCUCAGAGCCUGGGGACAAUGGUGACUAUUCCAAGAUGGUCUUUAGUGUGGCCACGCCCCACUGCCAUAGACCAACCUGCACUUCUGCCACAGCCCUCACAUGCACAACCAAUGGUCCAGCACCCUGGGGCUGAGGUUAAAACUGUCUUUUCUGCUGCUGUUGCUGAGUGAAGCCCCGCUGGACCUCUACUUCUCUAGGGAUGCUUAUUGAGAGAGGCUGUAUGUGGAACAGCGUAUGGCAUACCUCUGCUCUAUGCUCCUGAAGAAGUCCCCAGCUUUCACUUGGGCCAGCAUCUUUCCGCACAUGGCUGCAUGAAGAUGAUUGGAUCU